AUGGAAAAGGGAGAUCCGAAGAAAUUAUAUAGUUAUGAAAAUAUUGAAGCCAGUGUUUCGUACAAUCCAAUGAAUUUUUUUGAGAAGAAACCGAAGAGAAGUUAUUCUAUCGAAAAUUUAGAUAUGAGUCAACUUGACUUUCUAGUGAAUGAAAUGAUGAUCAUCACUGCACAGUAUAAGAUCAUUAAGAAGAUUUCAAAUGAAGAUGAUUUUCUUCAUAUGAAAAUCAGAUUUCAUGCAGUUGUUGUAAAGGACCCUGAAGAAUUAUGGUCACUUGUGAAGAUUAAAAGAGUUAUCAAUAUUUCAAAGGAUGUGAUGUUUGAGAAUAUGAUACAGAAUUUUAGGUAUCAUGUUGUAGGAGCGAACAAUCAAGCUUGUGAUUUCUUAGUGCCUGACUUUCCUUUGAUGAAUCUGAAUGAUUUGAUUCAAGUUGCCCUCAUUUUAAAAGAUAUGGAUUCCUCGGAACUCCAACGAACUAACAAAGAGGUUUUAAGGCUUCGACUAGGCCACAUCAAAAUCUUCAUAGACAAUUACUUUGAUUGUCUAGCAUUAACAGAUGUAGAGUUGGCAUCAGCUUUAGGAAAAGAAGUGAAAGUUGAAAUGAAAGCAACGAAGUCUCAAGCUGAACUAAAGAAGUGUUCGGAUGGAGAGAUAUGUUUGAAGCCAUUCGGGAUUGUGUUUUUGGGAAAAGACAAGAAGGGGAAAGCAAAGAGAAAUUCGAAAAUGAACAGACUUGAUUCGAAGAAAAACUAUGCCGAUUUUAAAAACCACCAUGAUUCCAAAAUCAAUGCUGAUCCUCAUCCUCCGGGAGAUGGUGGUGGUGAUAAUCUGCCACCGCUUCCUGCAGGUUCUGAACAACCGGAGAGACAACCAUCUCAUAAUGGCAACAAGGUUUACAAGAGUGGCCCGUUAUUUUUGUCAUCAAAAGGGAUUGGUUGGACUUCUUGGAAGAAAAGGUGGUUUAUAUUAACCGAAACCUCAUUGGUCUUCUUCCGAAGUGAUCCAAAUGCAUCACCUCAAAAGGCGGGGGAUUCGAAUCUGACCCUUGGUGGCAUAGACCUCAACAGUUCAGGCAGUGUUGUUGUGAAAGCAGAUAAGAAACUAUUGACAGUGCUAUUCCCUGAUGGUGGUGAUGGAAGAGCUGUUACUCUCAAGGCGGAAACUUCUGAGGAUUUAUUUGAGUGGAAAGAUGCAUUGGAAGCAGCUUUGUCAAAUGCCCCAAGUGCAGGGAUAGAGCAAGGACAAACUGGGACACCAAAAAACGAAAAGGGUGAUACCCAUGAUGGUUCUCAGGAACAGUCAAAAGACGAAAAAACAAAAUCAAUCGUACUAGGUCGACCCAUCUUACUUGCAUUGGAAGAUAUAGAUGGAACUCCAUCUUUCUUAGAGAAAGCACUUUGUUACGUAGAAGACUUUGGUGUCAAUGUAGAAGGAAUCUUGCGACAAGCUGCAGAUGUUGAUGAUGUUGAGCAUCGCAUUCGAGAAUAUGAACAAGGAAAAAUGGAGUUUACUGCAGAUGAGGAUGGACAUGUUAUAGGUGAUUGUAUAAAGUAUGUUCUCCGUGAGAUGCCAUCACCACCAGUCCCGGCAUCUUGUUGUGCUGCUUUAUUAGAAGCAUAUCGAACCGAUCGAGCCACUAAAGUCGGUGCCAUUCGUGCAGCCAUUUGUGACACAUUCCCAGAACCAAAUCGUCGGUUAUUACAAAGGAUAUUGAUAAUGAUGGAAGCUGUUGCUGAAAACAAGACGGUGAACCGAAUGAGUGUUUCGGCAGUUGCCGCCUGUAUGUCACCAUUACUUCUUCGACCGCUUUUGGCCGGUGAAGUUGACCUCGGAAAGGGACCGGACAUGGGUGGCGAUGGGUCUGUUCAACUUCUACAGGCGGCUGCAGCCGCCAAUCAUGCUCAAGCAAUUGUUAUCAUCCUCAUAGAGGAAUACGAUAAAAUAUUCGGGGAAGAAGACAUGUUAAGUGAUCUAUACUCGGACUCAGAUGAAUAUGGAAGUGAGAGUGAAGAGGUUAGUGAUGAGUAUUAUGAAGAGGAUGAAGACGAUGAGGAUGUGGAUGUUGAAAAUAGAUCCGAGCAUUCUUGUUCAUAUGAAGAUUCCGAGAGUGUUAGUUAUAGUGAGAGUGGAGAUGAUGAUCACAGCAAGGGUUCUGUUAGCUCAAAUUCUUUCAUUAUCAAGAAACCCAAACGAACUAACGUAAAUGUUGAUAAGACAAAAAUAAAGAAGGGAUCACCCUUGGAAAGCAUUGAUUUAGUAACCGAACAACAAGCUGAAAUUUUGAGGCUUGAGGCUGCCAAAAUUAAAUUGAAAGAGAGAAUUGAAGCAGAGGCCAAAAGAAAUACAGUUUUGAAAGAAGAUUUGGUGAAAAAGAAGAAUUCUUUAGAGGCGCGCCGUGUCUCUUUAGCAGAAGGGGUGUCAAGAUUAGAGGAAGAGUUGCAGAAGGAGAAAGCGUCACAAGGAGCUAUACAAUCUUCUGUUGAUACAAAUGCAGAUCCAGACGAUACCCAUCAGGUAGUGGCUGAUGAUUCUGGAUUACAAAAUCAACCUCGAGAACAAAGCUCCGGUUCCCAACCACUUUCUCCUGAUGUUGGAAAAGUAAAAGAUAAAGAGAAGGAUCGUUUAUCUAAAACUACUUCCCAUAGGAGAAAGGAGACACAUUCUAGCAAGGAACACGUUGAUAAAAAUCCAUUUCAUUCAUUUUCAAGUAAGCAUCCUGAACGGAGUAUAAGCAAGUGUACAAGCUCCAGAAGGCCCCCUUCAAAAGCUGAGGCAGCCAAUACAACUUCAGCUUUGUCCAAAAUAACAAACCGACUCAAUUUUCUGAAAGAAAAACGAACACAAAUAGCUGAUGAUCUGCAGAAUGUGGACAAAGAUUGUAAAACUCAUAAACAGCAGCAUAAAGGGAGUAAAAAAUGGUCAGAAUCUCCUCCAAUACCUGAUGAAUCUCACAUACAAUCAUCAGAUAAAGGAAAAGAAAGCUCUUUUCAACAAAAGGAAACUUCUAUGGAUAAAGGAAGAUCUGAAGAUCAAUCAACACACUCCAGAUGAUCCCAAGAAAGUUUUUUUUUUUCUUGAUUUUUUUCGGGUAAAACGAUUACUGUGUUGAUAUAUAUUAGAUGGGUUUUGUAAGCAAAAGUUUAUUAAAAGACUGCUAAUUUAAGUGAUUAAGGAUAUGAAUGAAGAUCUGUACAACUCACAUGAAAGGAAACAUGAAGUCUGGAGAAGUUUGAUUGACUGUUUUUGAUCGGUUUUUGUGAUUUUAAUGAUGGGAAUUUGUGGAUUAGUGAUUUUUUCUGUAAUUAAUAAUACUCCGUUUGUAAAUUCAACUAUUUAUUUUUAUUUUUUUAAUGUUUUUAAUGUGGACCUUCUAGUUUGAUGAUUAAGGCGCUAUUCAUUUUUUUGAAUCUCCGUUGGUUUCUAAAUUAACCCGUAUGGGCCAUUUUCUCCUCAAGAGCUUUCAUUUUUAGCAGAAGAUCUGGAUUUGAGCUUCUUAUUGCUAUCAUUAUUUUUCUGUAUGUUAGGUCAAUUUCGUUUUUUCAUAUAUGGAGGUUUUGUUUGUUUCAAGUAAAAAGCCUUAAGUUUUGUGGAAAAUGUCGGUUUUACCUUACGACAGAAUUUAGGUUCGUUUAUGCUGCAAAGUUGUAAAAAAAAGUUCAUAUUUUGUCAUUUUUAUGGGUUGAGUCGGUCUUAUGUACGGGUGGCAAGCCAGAUGUGCGCUGAUUAGGAUCUAUUGCUGACAUGCACUAUUUUAAAAAUCAGAUCGGACUAGUUGGUUCAACCGGAAACCCGUCAGAAAACCAGUUUAUUUAUCCUAAAAACCCACCUGUUUUAAAAACCAGAAAAAUCCACCGGUUUAAUCAAAACCG